UUUGUUCAACAGCUUCCAGACCAAGAUGGAUCGUCGUGUGCUGAACUGUACAAUUUAUGUUGUGCUGCUGUUCACAAUGUACCACAGUCAGACUGCUGCUCUCAGCGUGGAGCAGCAUCUGGCUGAUUGUCUGGAGGACGCAGACUACGAUCAGCUGCUGCAGACAGCGCAGGAUGGCCUCCCCCGCAUACACACACCGCAUCAUGUUGCGAUUGUUGGAGCUGGCAUGGCUGGACUGACGGCGGCAAAGCUGCUGCAGGACGCAGGACACAAGGUGACCAUAUUAGAAGCUAGUGGUCGUGUGGGAGGACGAGUGGAGACCCACAGGAAUGAAACGGAGGGCUGGUACGUUGAGAAGGGAGCGAUGAGGAUCCCGAGUUCUCACAGAAUCCUCCACUGGUUUGUGAAGUCACUCGAACUCAAGCUAAAUAAGUUCAUAAUGACUAACCCCAACACCUAUUACCUGGUCAAUGAGAUAAAGAAAUGGACGAAAGAAGUGAAUGAACACCCGGACAUCCUGGGGUAUAACCUGGAGGAACAAGAGAAAGGGAAGUCGGCCGACGAGCUGCUACAAAAAGCUCUGCAGAAGGUGAAAGACGAAGUGAUGACAAAUGGCUGUUAUCAGGCUCUUAUGAAGUUCGACCACUACUCUGUGAAGGAUUAUCUCAAAAGAGAAGGUGAUCUGAGCAACGAAGCAGUGAGGAUGAUCGGAGACUUGCUCAACGAAGACAGCCUCAUGCACACGGCUCUGACUGAGAUGAUCUACGACACCAACGACAUCAGCGACCACACCGACUACACUGAAAUAACAGGCGGGAUGGACCUUCUCCCCAAAGCUUUACAUGAGAGGCUUGAUGCCCCUGCUCUCCUGAACUCAACGGUGAAGCAAAUCCAUCAGACACAGACAGGCGUCGUCCUUGUGUACCAGAAAGACCAAGAAUCCCCUUUGAAAACCCUUGAGGCAGACGUUGUCCUGGUGACCACCACAACCAAAGCAGUCCUUUACAUGGACUUUAAUCCACCUCUCCCCAUUAAAAAGAUGGAGGCCCUGAGGAUGGUCCACUAUGAUAGCGCUACAAAAGUCUUCCUCACCUUCAGUGAGAAGUUCUGGGAGAGGGAGGGCAUCAAAGGAGGGAAGAGCAUCACUGACAGGCCCUCUCGUUUUAUCUACUACCCCAGCCAAAGUUUCUCAAACCAGAAGAUCGGCGUCCUCCUGGCUUCCUACACCUGGUCUGACAACUCGCUUCUCUUCCUGGGAGCGAGUGACGAAGACCUGAAAGAGCUGGUUCUGAAAGAUUUAGCUGCGAUCCACGGCGAGGACAUUAGAGGUCUCUGCACAGGGGUGGUGGUGAAGAAGUGGAGCUUGGAUCCCUACAGCCUGGGCGCCUUCGCUCUCUUCACACCCUUCCAACAUCUGCAGUACUCUAAGGAGCUCUUUAAGAGUGAAGGCAGGGUGCACUUUGCCGGGGAACACACAGGCUUCCCUCACGCCUGGAUCGAGACGUCUAUGAAAACUGCAAUCAGAGCUACGAUCAACAUCAGCAAGGAGGUGCUCAAUGGCUCCGCCCAAAAACGAGACGAGUUCUGAGCCGUUCAAUCAGAAAAGAGCAGAGUCAUCACAAAUCUAAAACAAUUUAGAAAAAUAGUGUGGAGGCUUCAAAUUUCUUCUUAAUGGU